AACGAGAGAGAAGUAGACGCCCCAGAGUAAGGCGGGUGGCUCCGGUCCUCUCUUCUCUUUAUCUCCAUUAUAUCCACACUUCCUCAUCCCCUUAGCUCUCCACACGAUCGCUCGCUCUCUCUCUCUCUCCUUGAUUUCUCUCUCAUGGCUUUGCAAUCACUGUCCUCUGUUCCUCAGCUUCUCAAUGGCGCCUCCGCAUCUGCUAACAGACCGAGCUCGGUUCUUGCAUCUCGUAAGGACGCGUUGUCUGUUGAUUUCGCCGGACUGUAUUGUAAAUCGAAGCGGACGAGGAGGAGAAUCGGUGUUUCUUCGAUUACACGACGGAGCUUCUCGCAGUUUGCGGUGAGGAAACGGAAGGACUCGUUGUCAGUCAACGCGGUUCUUGAUCUUGAGCGCAUCAGUAAUGGUGCCGCUACUCAAUCCGAUUUGAAGCCUCAGGUUGCAAACUUGGAAGAUAUAAUAUCAGAAAGAGGAGCAUGUGGAGUUGGAUUCAUAGCUAAUUUGGAAAACAAAGCAUCACAUAAGAUUGUUGAGGACGCUCUUACUGCUCUUGGCUGCAUGGAACAUCGUGGGGGCUGUGGAGCAGAUAAUGAUUCCGGUGAUGGUUCAGGAGUCAUGACUUCAAUUCCGUGGGAACUGUUUGAUAGUUGGGCUGAAAAGCAAGGGAUUGCUUCCUUUGAUAAUCUGCAUACAGGUGUUGGAAUGGUUUUUCUUCCUAGGGAAGAAGAUCUCAUGAUUGAAGCCAAAAAAGUUGUUGUAAAUACUUUUAGCCAAGAGGGGCUAGAGGUGCUAGGAUGGAGGCCUGUCCCUGUAAAUACUUCAAUAGUUGGUUACUAUGCAAAAGAAACCAUGCCCAACAUACAACAAGUAUUUGUUAGAGUAAUUAAAGAAGAGAAUGCUGAUGACAUUGAACGAGAAUUGUACAUCUGCCGAAAAUUGAUUGAAAGGGCAGCAAACUCAGAAAGUUGGGGAAAUGAGCUUUAUUUCUGUUCCUUGUCCAGUCAAACAAUUGUUUAUAAAGGAAUGCUUCGCUCAGAAGUUCUUGGGCUCUUUUAUACGGACCUUCAAAGCGAUCUCUAUAAAUCCCCUUUUGCCAUUUACCAUCGGAGGUAUAGCACAAAUACUAGUCCCAGAUGGCCUCUUGCUCAACCGAUGAGAUUUCUUGGUCAUAAUGGAGAAAUCAAUACAAUACAGGGGAACUUGAACUGGAUGCAAUCUCGAGAAACCUCGCUGAAGUCCCCUGUGUGGCGUGGUCGGGAAAAUGAAAUUCGUCCUUAUGGAAAUCCAAAGGCAUCUGACUCUGCAAACCUUGAUAGUGCAGCAGAAUUGUUAAUAAGAAGUGGCCGUACACCUGAGGAGUCUUUGAUGAUUCUUGUCCCAGAAGCAUACAAGAAUCAUCCAACUCUGAUGAUCAAAUAUCCUGAGGCAGUGGAUUUUUAUGAUUAUUACAAGGGUCAGAUGGAAGCUUGGGAUGGACCUGCCUUACUUUUAUUCAGUGAUGGAAAGACAGUUGGUGCUUGUCUUGAUAGAAAUGGACUUCGUCCUGCUAGGUAUUGGCGAACUAUAGACAAUUUUGUCUAUGUUGCAUCUGAGGUUGGUGUGUUACCAAUGGAUGAAUCAAGAGUUACAAUGAAAGGUCGUUUAGGUCCAGGAAUGAUGAUAACUGUUGAUUUGCCUGGUGGUCAGGUUUAUGAGAAUACAGAGGUUAAAAAGCGAGUUGCUUCAUCAAAUCCAUAUGGAAAAUGGAUUAGCGAGAACCUGCGAUCCUUGAAGCCUGUGAACUUCCUCGCAGCACCAACAUUGGAUAAUGAUGCAAGUUUAAGACGGCAACAGGCAUUUGGCUACUCCAGUGAAGAUGUCCAAAUGGUUAUUGAGAAUAUGGCUGCACAAGGGAAGGAGCCUACAUUUUGCAUGGGAGAUGAUAUUCCGUUAGCUAUACUGUCUCAAAAGCCACAUAUGCUAUAUGAUUACUUUAAGCAACGAUUUGCACAGGUUACAAAUCCAGCUAUUGACCCUCUUAGAGAAGGAUUAGUUAUGUCUCUUGAGGUAAAUAUCGGGAAGCGAAGAAACAUAUUGGAGAUUGGACCUGAAAAUGCUUCGCAGACUAUUUUGCCUAGUCCUGUACUGAAUGAAGGCGAGCUUGAGUCCUUGUUGAGGGAUCCCUAUCUUAAGCCACAGGUCUUACCAACCUUUUUUGAUAUACGUAAAGGGAUUGAGGGAUCUUUGGAGAAGAAACUAAAUAAACUUUGUGAAGCUGCUGAUGAAGCUGUUCAAAAUGGCUCCCAACUACUUGUUCUAUCUGAUCGCUCUGAUGAGCUAGAGCCAACUAGGCCUGCCAUUCCAAUACUUCUUGCUGUUGGUGCUGUUCAUCAGCAUCUUAUUCAAAAUGGCUUACGAAUGUCAGCUUCUAUCAUUGUGGAUACGGCUCAGUGCUUUAGCACUCAUCAGUUUGCCUGUUUGAUUGGAUAUGGUGCAAGUGCUGUGUGUCCAUACUUGGCUCUGGAGACAUGCCGGCAGUGGCGUCUGAGCAACAAAACUGUGAAUUUGAUGCGAAAUGGAAAGAUGCCUACUGUAACAAUUGAACAGGCUCAGAAAAACUUUUGUAAGGCUGUUCAAUUUGGCCUUCUCAAAAUCCUUUCCAAGAUGGGCAUCUCGUUGCUUUCAAGUUAUUGUGGAGCACAGAUAUUCGAGAUUUAUGGUCUAGGGAAGGACGUUGUUGAUCUUGCAUUUUGUGGAAGUGUAUCGAGCAUUGGUGGUUUAACUUUCGAUGAGCUGGCGCGGGAGACUCUCUCCUUUUGGGUGAAGGCUUUCUCGGAGGAUACGGCUAAGAGGCUUGAAAAUUUUGGAUUUAUACAAUUCAGACCAGGAGGAGAAUAUCAUGGAAACAACCCUGAGAUGUCGAAAUUGCUCCACAAAGCUGUUCGCCAAAAGAGUGAGAGUGCAUUUUCAAUUUAUCAGCAACAUCUGGCAAACCGUCCCGUGAAUGUUCUUCGUGAUCUUCUUGAGUUUAAGAGUGAUCGUCCUUCAAUUCCCGUGAGAAAAGUUGAACCUGCUUCAGCUAUUGCUGAAAGAUUUUGCACUGGUGGGAUGUCACUUGGAGCAAUAUCAAGAGAGACUCAUGAAGCAAUUGCCAUAGCAAUGAAUAGAUUACGUGGAAAGUCUAAUUCUGGAGAAGGUGGUGAGGAUCCUAUUAGGUGGAGCCCACUUACAGAUGUUGUUGAUGGGUACUCUCCUACACUGCCACAUCUCAAGGGUCUUCAAAAUGGUGAUACUGCUACAAGUGCUAUCAAGCAGGUUGCUUCAGGACGUUUUGGUGUCACCCCAACAUUCUUGGCAAAUGCUGAUCAGUUAGAAAUUAAAAUCGCACAAGGGGCAAAGCCUGGAGAAGGUGGGCAGUUACCUGGGAAAAAAGUUAGUGCUUAUAUUGCAAGGUUGAGAAAUUCGAAACCUGGAGUCCCACUCAUAUCUCCUCCUCCACAUCAUGACAUUUAUUCUAUUGAAGAUCUUGCUCAGUUGAUCUUUGACCUCCAUCAGGUGAACCCUAAAGCUAAGGUGUCUGUAAAGCUUGUGGCGGAAGCUGGAAUUGGCACAGUUGCAUCAGGAGUAUCAAAGGGUAAUGCAGACAUUAUACAGAUUUCAGGGCAUGAUGGUGGAACGGGCGCUAGCCCUGUAAGUUCCAUCAAGCAUGCCGGUGGCCCUUGGGAACUUGGACUUACAGAAACACACCAGACGCUCAUUGAAAAUGGACUCAGAGAGAGGGUCAUUCUUAGAGUUGAUGGUGGCUUCAAAAGUGGAGUUGAUGUAAUGAUGGCUGCUGCAAUGGGUGCUGAUGAGUAUGGAUUUGGUUCUGUUGCUAUGAUUGCCACGGGAUGUGUUAUGGCCCGCAUUUGCCACACAAAUAAUUGUCCAGUUGGGGUUGCUAGUCAAAGAGAGGAGUUACGUGCUCGAUUUCCCGGUGUGCCAGGAGAUCUCGUCAAUUUCUUCUUAUAUGUUGCCGAGGAGGUAAGAGGAAUACUGGCGCAAUUGGGUUAUGAGAAGUUGGACGAUAUAAUUGGACGGUCAGAUUUGUUAAGGCCGAGGGAUAUAUCACUAGUGAAAACUCAACAUCUUGACCUCAGUUAUAUUCUCUCGAAUGUUGGGCUGCCAAAAUGGAGCAGUACUGCAAUUAGGAAUCAAGAUGUUCAUACUAAUGGUCCGGUUCUAGAUGAAGUUUUACUCGCUGAUCCAGAGAUAUCAGAUGCUAUUGAGAAUGAAAAAGUAGCCAAGAAAACCAUGAAGAUAUGCAAUGUGGAUCGUGCUGUUUGUGGUCGCAUAGCAGGUGUAAUUGCAAAGAAAUAUGGCGAUCCGGGUUUUGCUGGGCAACUCAACAUAACAUUCAAUGGGAGUGCUGGCCAGUCAUUUGCCUGUUUUUUGACACCUGGAAUGAACGUUCGCCUUGUAGGAGAGGCUAAUGAUUACAUGGGAAAGGGUAUGGCUGGAGGUGAGGUUGUUGUGACUCCUGUGGAGAACACAGGUUUUUGCCCCGAGGAUGCAACUAUAGUCGGAAAUACUUGUUUGUAUGGGGCAACAGGUGGUCAAAUUUUUGUCAGAGGAAAAGCAGGGGAACGGUUUGCUGUUAGAAACUCGCUUGCUGAAGCAGUAGUUGAAGGCACAGGAGAUCAUUGUUGUGAGUACAUGACAGGUGGUUGUGUGAUUGUGCUCGGAAAAGUGGGCAGAAAUGUUGCAGCGGGUAUGACUGGAGGGCUGGCAUACAUACUUGACGAGGAUGAUACUCUCAUCCCCAAGGUGAAUAAAGAGAUUGUGAAGAUCCAGAGAGUGACUGCUCCUGUGGGUCAGAUGCAGCUAAAGAGCCUUAUUGAAGCCCAUGUUGAAAAAACUGGAAGCAUAAAAGGCUCUACGAUUCUUAAGGAGUGGGACAAAUAUCUACCACUCUUUUGGCAACUGGUUCCACCCAGUGAAGAGGACACCCCGGAGGCUUCUGCAGAGUAUCAGAUAAGCGGCACUGGCCAGGUGACGUUACAGUCCGCAUAGGCAAGUAACUUGAUGGUUCUACAGACGCGAGCAAACCAAGGUUUCUAUCCAAACGAGCUCUGGAGGAUUAGAUGUACAUGGAUUCUUAAUUCGGAUUCCUUUCUUUAGAUGGAGAUCUAAGGCGCUCUAUUAUGCCGAUUGGCUAAAAAUUUUCAUGGUUGGAGGAUUCUCUCUUUGCACAAAGUAAGUUCCUGAUAUAUCUCACAAACACUUAUUCUAUGUCCAGCGUUGCAGCAUUGGCUUAGUGAUUUAUUGCAGAAAAUGUAAAUUCUGUAAAAACCUGGAUUUUCUGAUCUCUAUGAAAGCUUGUGGUGCUCCAUGACACUUGUGCACUGUAAUGACUGGUUUUCUUUGCCAUUGCUUUCUCUUUGCUUAGGGAAAUUCAGUGACAGCAUCUUGUCAGAUACAAAAGUUAGAAUCUCUGUCUCUUUCUUUCUCAGCUCCAUCUGUUCAGGCUAGUUUCAUGCUUUGCCAUGUAUAUACACUCACACUCAUUCCUACCAAGUUGAUUUUUCUCCUGGUGCAUUUAGUAAGAUUAAAAGGAUGUGUGUGAAAAGACAAGACACAGGGAUGACUCAUGUAAACGUCUUAUUGGCCGACCUUGACCCCGAUUAUUUUGUGAUCAUAUCUUCUUCCUUUUUUAA